AUGUCGAACGAAUUGGGCAAGGACUCACGACCAAUCAUCAAUGGUCUAGAGCCUGGUAUUCCCGUACCUGAGGCCCAGAAGAAGAAGUAUCAGGAGUCUCUUGAGAAAUCUCCGAUCCUAGUUGAGAAGGUAUUGGAGUUUCUGUACACUGGAGACUAUACCUUUGAGCGCCGUGAAACCAAAUCGGUAGAUAGACAGACCGAUGACCAAGAGAUGCCAGAAUUGGAUCUAGAGCCUCUAGGCGACACGAUAGAUUUUAUACCAGAGGAGCGUCUCGUGGAUGAACCCGUGAAAGCAAUAGAAGAUGCCUCCAAUGAGACUGAUGCGCCUGCGACAGAAACAGAGGCCAUUGAUAAAACUCCAGCGACAAAAGAAAACGUUGAAGACGAACUGGUGGAUGGAUCACCGAUAGAAGAGAGCCCAUCUCCCAUGGACGAAGCCCCCGGACAAGACCCAAUCGAGCAAGGAGAUGCCGGAGAGCUCGCCGUCAAUAUAUUGACCGACUGCCACUCAAGCUACUUCCAUAUGCGCAUGUAUGGCGAAGGGGGCUACUUCAAGAUCAGCGACUUGAGAACUAAAGCGAAAGCAAACUUCUGCGCCUCUUUCAUGAAUUGCCCCGAGGGAGAGUCCUUUGCAAAGAUAAUUGAAAAAAUUUAUUCGACACAAGGAAACUAUUGGAGGCUGAAGACACCGGCGAUUGAUAUGAUAAUGGACAGCUUACCCAAUCUUUGGAAAGAAACGACACCGGUAAUUGAUAAAAAGCUCCUGAACUCAGUCCCCGAUUUUGGUUAUGAUCUAUGGCAAGCGACAGUGAAAAAGUAUGCUGCCCCGGCCAGUACGCCUAGUUCCGUUGCGUCAGAGGAAGAUAUCCAUGUCUCGGAACACCCCUGGAGGCGUAGCCUCAGAAACUUGCUGAUUUUGGUAUAG